AUGCUAAAUAUGCAUACGAAUGACAACACGGAGAGCUACCAGCCUCCUGAGACCGGCGUCUGUUCACAAGUACAAGUAAGCACUUUUGUAUUAUUUUUUUGCACAGCAAUAUUCUGUUGCUCUUCUAUCCAGAUCCUUGGGAAUAGUGUUUAUUUAAUGGCCGGAUUAAACUAGCGAUUCACAGCUUUUCAUUUCAAGAUCUACUGGUGUUUAUUACCUGAAAUCUUAAAAGGGAAAAUGCUUGUCAAAGUAUUAAGGGUCAACUUAUGCUCUCCCUCCUCGCCGAACUAAACGUAUAAAUGCGAAUUUUGAACAAAAUGUUCCCUUGUGUGCCUCAAAUACCUUAUUUCACAUUCAAACAAAUGUUUAUCUUCAUGUAUACAACUUUUUUUCCUUUCUUAUUACAGCCCAUCUAAACUGUUACAAAAAAAGCCGCAGGAAUUUCAGAGUACAAGUGAAUGUUUAGUUUCGUUGGAAAAACGCACAAAUAAUUGACAAGUAAAGAGAUAACUCGAUCAGGUUUUUAGCCAGAAUUNUUUAUAAUAAUUUUAAACCGGUAGAGUUAAAUUUAGGCUUUAUUUUUUUUUUUUCGUAAACAUUUUCUUUUUUUUUUAUAUAAUAAUCAGUAUGAAAUUCGCAAUUUUUUUUUUUUCUUUUUCUUCUUUUUUUUUUUUUGCAGUUUUCUGGUCAAGAAGUUCGAAAAGAAACAGAUUUUGUUCGCGAUCAGAUGAAUCGUGAGGGUGAAUCAUGGUAAUGUCUUAAUUCGCUAUGUAAAUCAUGUGAACUUUAAUUACAACUAUUGAAAGACAGCAUUGAAAGCUGUUCUCGCGGUGUAAAAGAUAAGCUGAAAUAAUCAUUAAGAUGAAAAAUAGUUCAUUGAGUUUUGUCCGUAGCCAUAUCGCAUUACAGUGUUUCAAACUAAGCGUUACUGAAUAGCGUUUUACAAGUUCCUUCUUGAAAAUCUACAAAAGAAUAAAUUUAACAAUACUAUGGCAAUCUUCCACUCGUUUGAAUGCCGUGUUGCGAUAAGAAAAGUGUCAAAAUUAAGUAGAUAUGAGAAAAAAUCGGAAGACUAUACCACAAAAUUAUCUUUAACUUCUCUUGUGGUCUAAUCUGUAAAUAACUAAUUUGAUGGUCUCGCUCCUCAGUGCCGCAAAUCAAGCCUUCAACAACACGGGCGCAUCGCCGAUGACUAUCUCACAGUCGCAAGUACGUAUAUUCUGUUCCUAAUUCCUAGUAUAAGGAUAUAUUCAUUUUCACCAUGCGCUUAUAGCUAUAGCCUUUGCCUACUGCAAAAAAUUUACCUGUCUUUAAGCUUAAAUAAAAUUCCGAAGACUUGACCGGCUAUACGCGUACCGUCACAAAUGGGUCUAUCUUUUUAAUAGAAGCUUUUAUCUAGGAUACUGUUACCUGCCAAACAUUACUUUCCUGGCCGGGCUUCAUAUUUUUUUUAUCAUAUUUUUUUUCUCUUUUCAAACCAAGAACGUCUCUUUGAACAAUGGAGAACGACGUCAAAAAGAUGAUCAGAGCCAAGGUAAGUAAUGUCUUAACCUUUUUAAAAGAAGACAAAGGUAAAGGAAAUAUAUUUCACUGCAAACAGUUCUCCUACGAGCAAUAAAUUUAGCCAGACAUCAUUCUAAGACGGAUUUCGGUUAUGGUCCUAUAUAUUACUUGAGGUCGACAUUAAAGGCUAGGACUACGAGAGUCUUAGAGCAACUUGGAAUAUAAGUUUACUGGAAUUUCUUUACUCUGACGUUUUGCGAUAUCCGAAGGUGACAUGAGCAAUAUUCCAUUUGCAAGACUGAAAAAAAAAAGCCAAAGUUCUGCUUUGUUUUUCUUAGGGUGCCCUGAUACUUACGAAAAUAUGAUCACAAGAAUGGAAGAGAUUGAGAAGACCCUGGCAGCGAUAAAGGAAACUGCAACAAAAGCAAGUGGUUAGUACUAAUACUUCAACACCAACUCUUAGUGGGUUGUGGCUAUUACCUGCACCGGUUUUAGGGCAUAAUUUAACGGUACAGCUUUGGACAUUGGGAAUUGGCAAUUGACCACUCCGGAAAAUACCAAAACAUACCAUAAUGUUCUUUGUUUGUCACCCCAAACUUUUGCAAAAGCAUUGACUUCGGUUUCUCUUUAAAAUGGUCCGAAGAGAAACUGAAACAAUGCUUAUGCAAAAUUUUGGGGUGACAAACAAAGAGCAUUAUGGUAUGUUAUGGUAUUUUCAGGAUUGGUCAAUCGUGCAUUGAAUAUACGGAACACGUUGCAAUAAUUUUGUUGACUGACCACCAAAAAAAUAGCUUUCCAGAGCGUAAUUUCCAAUGCCCAAAGCAACCUUUAUUGAAUCAGCUGUAUAUAAUUGCUAUAUACGCUGUAAAAGAACCCUGUUGUUGUCUCUCGGGCUCUGUCCCCAGGAUCUUCUCGCAUUUUCAAAACCCAGGUGAUAUGGGCAUCCCCUUCUCAUAUCGCCUUAGCGAUUUGGGUUGGGGUUAGGGUUACAGGGGAUGCCUAUAUCACUGUGACAGUGGCAUAUUGGCAAACGAGAAGACCCUGGGGACGAGAUUAGGCUCUUCGUUGCACGGGAGUUCAACGUUAUUUGACCUUCGGAACAAUGUUCUUAAGUCACGACCCUUUAAGUCUGCUUUACAGCCGUUCUUUGAGCAGACUACUACCCUUAGGGUUAAAAACCAAAACUCUCUUCAAACUAAAAACAAAUCCUCCCCGUCUUGCGUGAUCUGUUGUUUCAUUUCCGAAUAUAUGUAGGCCCUAGUCUGCUACACAGCCGUUUUUAGUGUCGUCACGCAACGCUCCGAGGAGCGUUGCGUGACGACACUAAAAACGGCUGUGUAGCAGACUAAUGUAGGCCCCAAAUGUCUAGUGAAAAGGCCAAAUGACGAGUAUGUACUUUAUCGGGACUCUACGUUCUCUGGUCACAUGAUCUAUAGGCAACAGAAUAACUAUGGAUCGUUCUUCUGCAAAUCCCAUGAUAAAAGACUUAGAACACGACCAGCAACCAACCCUUUGAAGCAUGACCUGCACAUAGAUGUUCUCCCCCCAAAUCAAAUCAUGAAACAACGGGAAGCAUAGGGGACACUCCUAAAAUGUUUAGGAUUACGCGCAUUGUCGUAAUAGCAGUAAUCGAAAAGGAAGUGCAGUUGACUUCUAACUGGGAAUUCCCACAGGUACAAAAUAUAGCAGAUGUCCUGUCUUGGGUCUGUCUCACAUACGUUACAGACUUGACCGAUCUGCCGCAAUCCCCUCCUUACUGCUUCAUUGAUUGCAACAUCACAAACAAGCCGCUGUGAAGGCCGAUUCAAACUGUUACUUCUUUUCCCUUGUUUAGCGCGUAUAGGAAGAGAAAUCGGGGUGGACUAUCUUUGAAACGACUAAGGUUGUAAGUAUUGUACUCACGUUCAUGUGUUUUUGUUUUGUUUUAUUCAACAGUUCGCUGUCAUAUGCUGAACGUUGACGUUGUUACCAUGUUUAACCCAGAAAUGAUGGAUAUGUUAAACCAAACUGUUGAACAGUGUGAAAACUGUAUAAAGAGAAUGGAGUCUUUAUCUCCAAAUGACAGUUGACCAUAACGAUGGGUCAAAAAAAUUACUAUCGCCUAAGUACGAUGACUACAAAUCAACCAGUUUAAGAGUUAAAUAUGCAACAAUGAAUUAGGUUGCAAGUUUACUUGUGGCUCAAUAAUACUUUAGACGAAAGUUGCUUUCAACAGAUUUUACGCCACUAUACCAGUUGGAAACUGAUAUAUUUUGCAUGACGUAGAAGUAGAUAAGAAGACCAGA